GCCAUGGCAUCACGUGCUGCAGCAGCCGCGCCACUCCCCAGCCUGCGGCUGGAGACCCUUCCAGAGGAAGCAACAGCAGGCAGACCAGAGGCUGCAUCAUUCCAGAAAGCUGGGGAGAGCCAAGAAAGACAAUGGAUACUUCGUUUGGGAGUGACUCAGGCUCCAGUAUGCCAUCCAGCAUAAGCUAUCCUUCCUCUGGAAGUGACUCAGGCUACUUCAGCAUGUCACCCAACAGAACCUACACUGUGUCUGGAAGCGACCUAUCCGCCGAUUCCUUCCGGCGUCCCCAAGGACCCAUUUCACCUCGUGGUCCUAUUCCUACUGGUGAUGCUCUUUGUGCACCUCCAGCUCGUGCUCCAGCUCGUGCUCCUCUUCCUUCUCCUCCUCCUCCUGCUGGGCCUUCUGCCUUUCUCUUUCAACCCCAAGGAGCCAGUACGCCUCGUGGUCCUCCGCCUGAUGGACACUGGGGAGGGCCAAGGUACAGAACCUAUACUGUGUCUGACCCAGGCUCCAGUAUGCCAUCCAGCAUAAGCUAUUCUUCAUCUGGAAGUGACUCAGGCUACUUCAGUAUGUCACCUAGUAGAAGCCAUACUGUGUCUGGAAGUGACUCAGUCUACUUCAGUAUGUCUCCCAAUGCAGGAACCCCUGGGCAGGUGCUGUCUGGGUGAUCGCCUUCCCGAGAGCGGUCUCCUGCCAAUCUGGAUAACCAACUCCCCCAGCCCACCUUCCGCUCAGGCCUGGAUGGAAUAAAUAUACCCUCAAGCAGAAAAUGAUGGAUGGCUCUUGACUGAAGAAUCCAACUGGGUUUUAUUGGAGGAACAGUCAAAUUUCCAGGGAAGGUAGGGUCCAGGUGAUGUGGAGGGGGCUAGGAGGUCCACAACCGUAAUUGAAGGGUCUCAGGAUCAAGGAGCUGGGGAAAGAGGGUGCUGCUCUCUCUCAGAGAAGCACAGGACACCCAGGCACAAGGCACUGAGAGCCCCAAGCAGGGGUUGGGGUCAUGGUAUAUAACCAAGGAAGAGUGGGAGGGGUUGGGGUACAAACAAAGCAGUAACGUUAGGGUCAAAUGGAGGAGCUGGGAAGGAGUGAAACCACCACAUCCAAGGGGGAACAGAGUGGGGAGUGGUUCUGAACAGAGGCCAAUGGGUGAACAGGGUGUACAGAGCUUUUUAGAAGAGGGGAGUGAGUACCAUUUGCAUGACAAGGCUAGAUUUACAUAAAGGAAUGGAGAACCUUGGGAAAAUGUUAAGACUUUCUCACCCUGACUUAGAAGGGAGUUCGUUCCUAGGGCAUUCCCACUUCAAUGCCUGGCCCACGGUCUCCCACGUCUCCCGCUUUCUUCUUUCUUAAAAAUGCUUUGCCUGUUAUCUUCUGAAAAGCCUUCUUAAAGCAUGAUAUGGCUAUCAUGAUGAUAGUGAUGAUAAUAAGAACCCAGAUGAGACUCUUUAAAAUAGAGCCAGCCCACCCCGGGACACCCCAGCACCCAAAAAUUUAUCAGCCCAGUCAGCCACCUUCUUUUCAGUUUGUAUGUCUUUAAUUUGGUUCUGAGGCUCUUUGAUGAUGGCUUGUCUAGAUGUAUUGUGGGUAGAUAAGUUAAAACCACAAAGUCCUUUGAAGUCUUCACACCCAUGGCCAUGGGUGAGCAGCAGAAAAUCUAUGGCCACUCGUUUCUGCAGCAUGGCAUGCCUGGUGGUCUCCUCAUCCGCCAACAGAUCUGCUAACGCAGCAGACGUAGCGUUGGCCUGCUUACUAAGCCAGCAGCCCAGGUGAGAAAGCUCACCAAGGGCCUUCACGGCAGCAACCCAAGGCAAGAAGAUAGAUGCCAUGACCCUCUUAGUUUUACUCGAAUUUUAAAUUUUGCUACCACAAUUUGCAUCAAAUUCGGUGUAUGUUCUUUUUUGGUAGGCCAGUUUUGUGCUUUGUCUCCAAUCAUAUAAUAGAGAGAAGUUUGGGGUGAGUCAGCUGGCCAAGGCUGCAGGGGCCCCCUUGGAUCAUGGAGGGGAUCCCUGCCCACACUCUGUCACCAUAGAUAAGAAACACCCCCAGUGGGAGCAGCCUGGGAUAAUGGGCGGACUCAGAUAGUAUGGUGCUAGUGUAAUUGCACCAUUCUGCCGCAUUGUAACAUUUGUCAUUUGGAGAAACAUUCUUUCUGUUUAUACUUUGAGGUACUGUUGAAUCAUGCCAAUUUUGUUUCGCUCCGUAAUGGAAGUUGAUACAAUAACUCACUGUCGUGGUUUGGCCUGGAAAUGUGUUUCUGGAAAGGUCUAGGUUGGGCCAAUCAGUGGCCAAAUUCAAAAUUGGCAUGUGAUGUGGCCACUGAGGAUCUGGAUACGCCUCUGAGAACACACGGGGGUUAAAAGUAGGAGAUUCCCAGAGAACUUCCUCUUUGGGAAUCCAGCGUUGGUGAGUGAAGUCUGGACCUCUCCCCUGCCCAGCUGCGUCUGGGUGGGGGAGGGGGAGGCCAUGACAGGGAGGAGGCCAGGAGCCCCAAAAGGUGCAAAGGUGGAGGAGAACAUGCAGGGGUUGAUGAGACUUGAGAUGUCUGGGCAGACCCCCCGGAGAGAGAGACAGAGACUGUGCUGGCAGCGCAGCCGGCCAGAAGCGGGGGAUGCGGCGAGAGAAGGUGCCUGGCAGCUGUGGGAGUCCUGGACAGAGAGAAGGGAAGAUUUUAACCCCUUUGUAGAAUAAUGGAAACCUUACAAAUACUGAAUCUUCUUGAAUCAGAAUGAGGAGAGAGAGAUGAAAUGGUCAAGCGUGAGGAAAGCUGGAAGAAGAGAAAAGAAUCCUAGAUGGGAAGAGAUGAUGGAGUGGCCUUGGGCUGGACUCUUUCUUGUAUGGCCAUGGACAGACCUGUGUUUUUUCCCUGUGAUUUAGAGACUGUAUUUAAGGGGAGGCAACACCCAGGAGUCAAGAGUGAAGCAGCGGCAUGAACAAAGACGGCUGAAGGGGGUGUGAGGUGCCCUCUGUCUCCACGGAGAGGAAGAUAUCUGUUCAUGAGGCCCCUUGGCCCCAGGGGGUGAAAUUUGGGGGGGAGUGGUGUCCCAAAGUUGAGAGGUGAAGCAGUGGUGAGAACAGAGACGGCUGAAGGGGGUGUGAAAUGCCCUCUGUCUCCGUGGGGAAGAAGAUCUCUGUUCAUGAGGCCCCUCGGCCCCAGGGGGUGAAAUUUGGGGGGACUGGUGUCCCUAAGUUGAGACACUGCUGUUUCUGGAAGUGGGUGGAGCAUCUUUAAACGGGGAGCCCUAAAAGCAGUCCUGGCCCAUGUCCAGUGGUGAGAGCACUGGACAUGAGGAGGAAAAGUCACGAGGGCCGAUGUUCUCUGAGUGGGGCCACAAGCGACACGGAAGCACAGGAGGUUUUAAUUGUGCUUCUGGGGGAAGCCUAUGAGGCAAGGGAGGACUCCUCUCUUUCCCUGAUGGAUUUGAGGGUUGAUUAUUUGAGGGGUGGUGAAUCUGUGGAGAAAAGGGAGGGGGGAGGAGGAAUGUAUUUGGAAGGUUUUCAUUCUUAGCUUUGUAUAUGUUCCUUUCUAGAUUUGUAUGAAUAAAGUGUUGUGUUUUUCCCUCUAUCCCCGACUUUGUUCUGUUCCCGGGUCACAUCUCACAGCAACCAUUUUUGGAAAUAUAUCUUUCAUGGGGGCCCUGGCAUUGUGCCAGGGUCUAACCAUGACACUCACCCUGGUGGAGCCCAGCAGAUCUAAUUCCUGGGGCUCCUGUGGUGCAUGCAGAGGAUCUUUGUUCAUUAGAUGACCCAGGUGUCCACAGGUUUGGGUUUCUUACUUACAUACAGAUAAGCAUUUGGUGACAGGGGGACUCCUACCAGGCACGU